ACUUCUAUCCCUUAUCCUACACUCUCAUUUCCCAUUAUUUUAUUUUUAUUUUUCGACCCCUUCCAAAUGCAACCAAGCUGUUGAACAUAGAGAACAUUGAGCUUAGAAAUUGAGUGACCUCUUUUGUAGGGUAUUAUUGGUAGUAUGGCAGGAAGUGUUAGUUGGAGCAGGGAAGAAGAGAAGGCAUUUGAAAACGCAAUAGCAAUGCAUUGGAUAGAGAAAGAGGAAUGUGAAGAGCAAUGGGAAAAGAUUGCUUCAACGGUUCCUACUAAAAGUCUUGAGGAAUUGAAGCUUCACUACGAAUUAUUAGUGGAGGAUGUUACUGCAAUAGAGGCUGGUCAUGUUCCACUUCCUUGUUAUAAAGGAGAAGAACCUUCCUCUUCUGCUAAGGAUUAUUUUCAUGGACCUUCCAUGGCUCCUAAUUCUGAUAGGAGAUCCAAUUCCGGUUACGGAAAUGGGUUUUCGGGGUUAACCCUUGAUUCUACUGGACAUGGAGGGAAACAGAGUUCGAGGUCCGACCAAGAAAGAAGGAAAGGAAUCCCAUGGACUGAAGAAGAGCAUAGGUUAUUUCUACUUGGUUUAGACAAGUUUGGGAAAGGAGAUUGGAGAAGCAUUUCAAGGAACUUUGUGAUAUCGAGAACUCCGACGCAGGUGGCUAGCCAUGCACAAAAGUAUUUUAUACGCUUAAAUUCGAUGAAUAGAGACCGGCGGCGGUCCAGCAUCCACGACAUCACGAGUGUUAACAAUGGGGAUACGUCUCAUCAAGCGCCUAUCACCGGCCAACAGGCUAACACAAACUCACCCGGUGCAGCGGUCAUGGGGCAAUCAGUGAAGCACAGGGCUCAGCCGCAUUUGCCGGGUUUAGGCAUGUACGGAGCGCCUGUUGGGCGGCCGAUUGCUGCUGCUCCAGGGCAUAUUGGAUCUGCUGUAGGAACUCCUGUUAUGCUUCCUCCUGCUCACCAUCCUCAUUCCCCUCCUCCUUACAUUGUCCCUGUUGCUUACCCCAUGGCACCACCUCCUAUGCACCAAUAAGUUCAAAAUUCAAUUAAUGAUUUAAAGGUAACCUAACAAGUUGUGUUUUUGUGAACAUGAAAAAUAUGCAGAAGGAAUAAAGCAGAUGAGAGAACUCUUCGUUUUUUUGCUGUAGUUAUCCAUUUUUCUGACUGCAAAAAAGGUACAUGUUAUUUGACUACAAAGUCCCCUGCCCAGAUGAGUCUUUUCACUAAGCGAAGCAAUGAAACUGGCUUUAAAAAAAUAGCCAGAUGGGUUAUUUUGGGCAAAUAAGUGUUGUUUAUGGCUUCCUCUCAUGAUAAAAUGUAAAAACAGUCUUAUUUAAAGGCUUGUAUUAUUCCUACGGGUUCAGUAAAGCGCUUUCAAUGCUUUUGUUCUUCA